UGUGCUUGAAGGGUCUUUAAGGAUCUUAGACUUGUGUGAUAUGGCUAAAGAUGCAUUGUUGCAGACAAAAGAAUGCGUACGUGAACUCGAAUCAGUUUUACGUCAAAGAAGAGGUGAAUCGGUUAUCGCUAACGAGCUUCGAAAGUGCUCGAGUUCUAGGAAGUUGAUAAAGAAAACAAUUCACAAGGCAUUGAAGGGAAUCAAAAGGAAGUGUUCUAAGCAAUGUGAGGAAAAUUCAGCAACAGUUAGCUUGUUAAAUGAAGUAGAAGCAGUGACAUGUAGUACUGUUGAAUCAGUAUUGUUCUUCAUUGCAGGACAAAAGUUGAUAUCAAAGUUGAGUCCAUGGUCUUUGGUCUCCGAGCUGGUACAACCCAAAAGAGUUGCCUGCAAAGAUGAAGAUGAGGUAGACAUGUUGGAUGCCAUACUAUAUGCAAUUGCUAGCCACACGACCGAUAAAUCGUUCAACUUGCACGACCCGUUGACGAAAUUUGAGUCGUGUAUUCAAGAACUUGAAGAUGAUCUCGAGAGUCUACAAAGGCAUCUAAUAAGAAAUAGAGUUUCCCUUCUCAAUAUCCUAAAUCACUAAGGAUGGAGCUUAGAUAAUAGUAUCAUGAUCAAUGUCAUGAGAGAUCAUUUUUGCUACAUGUA